AAGGACCCAAACUUUGCCCAAAACACUUAGCAGAGAAAACAUAGUCUUCAUUGCAUGACAUUUGCCAAGGCACCUAGGCUGCCUAUUUUACCUGAAACCUUAGAGAAAAGGUUCUUAAAUUUGAUGGGUUUUGGUCAGACUUGCCAAACAAUCAGGCUGGCUUUUCUGUCUUAACCCAUGGUUUGCAGCUGCCAGGAUAUCUUUCCCAAAAAGAUUUAUAAAGCCAAACUUCCUUCUUGACCCAUGGGGCCUCCGGGUUUAGGAGUUGUGACAGGACAAGUACCAUCUGAGAGAGGAUUGUGAGAGCUGGGAUAUAUUGCAGUAAAAACUGCCUAUUAUAAUCUAGUCAAGGGGAGAGGAGGGUCAUUGUGAACUCAACACCAUCUUAUUUGCUGAUACUUCUGCAUUUUUGCAUUAAUGGCACAGAAGGAGGGCAGUGAAGAAAUGCAUCUACAUUUGAAGGCUGAGCUAGCUCCAAAGAGCUCUAUCAUUUCCUGACCAGGGUGCUAGGGAAGAACCUUUAUUUUUCUCUUCUUAAAAACUAUUUAGGACAAUUGUCAUUUGAUUGGGCACAAGACAAAAGUAGCAAAAUCAAACUUGAAGGGCUAUUUUCAGCACAGGAUUCCAUCUCUUAUUCAAACUCAGGGACUCUAGUAGUGCGGGAACCACAGACCCCUUUGGUUUUGAGCUCAUUCCUAGGUGUCCACCCUGACCCUUCCCCAUCUUGGCUCAACUUCAGCCUCACCAGCAGUCCAUACUUUUGGCUCAGUUUAUUCACAAGUCCACAUCUCUAUAAGGAACUUGCUCCCUGGACUGUGAUGGCUCUUAUUCCCCAGAUUUCCUCAGAGUGGGACUUUAGGCAAGGGCUCAAUUGCUCUUUCAGGACAAGUGGAUCAGUAAAACAAUAAUAAAACCUUGGUAACCGUAACUCAGGCUGUAAUAGAUCAAGUUUUCAAGGGUACUUGAAUAAGCUAAGAGUAGACUCUUUAGAGCGUCUUUCAUUUUUUUUUUUUUUUAGGAAACCACUAUCUUUCAUUACUACUGUGUGUAAAUAACUUCUAUUUAUUUAAUUUAUUUUCUUACAGCCUUAAAAAGGGAAACAUUACAAGAAAUACCCAAGGAAGUUGGAAUGAUUGUCAAUGUACAGCUUCUCUUUGUAGCCUUUCUACUCUUCAUUUCCUGUGCCAAUUGCACUUUUAUUUCCCGACUCUAUAUUCAGUAAACAAACCCUAUUAUCAAGGGAAAGACGUGAGCCCAUUAACAUUGUGAGCCCUCAGAUUUCACUCGCAGGAGACGACACAGCACUUAUCUGAUGGAACAGAAGCUUUAAUUGCUUCGAGGUACAAGGCCGUCCAAACCUCUGAGAUAUGACCCCUCCCUGGAAAGGCUUUGCACCCUCCCUAACAAACACCCGUGUCUGUGCCAGCCUCCCAAAUAGGAGCACAACGAAUGUUCCAUCACGACAGUGGAUUCUUUAUUGACAAUCCGGUCAGAGGGGGAAAUCUGCUAAAUGUCCCCACAAAGCAGAAACUUUAUCUUCUGUCCAAAUCAAAACCUGGCACUACAACACUGGCUCUCAUCAUGCCGCCACAAAUUGCAAAGGGUGGAAGAAGCUGAAGGGAAUGCUGUGAAGUAACGUGAAAAGAAAACAGUCAAAAAGUGAAGAUUUUGUCCUGCGCUAGCCACACAGCACUUACAGCGUAACAUGUAGUCCCGUGGGCAGUAGGGAAGAGGGGAGAGAGGGAAAACCAAACAUCUGCUCUAGGUUUAGGAGGGAGAUGACAUCAGUGCCAAGAAAACCGAAAACGCACAGGACUCAGAAAAAGGGAAGAGGAAUAACUUUACUUUCUCUGGAGAAGGACUAGUAGCAAUCCCCACGGGCGGAGCGCCCUGCUCCCGAUUAACCCCUUCCACACCGCGGCGCCUACGAUCCGCCCCCGAGGGACUAGCCACCCACGGAUCCAGAAGAACAGAAGCCGCCCUCCCCCCUCCACGCCGUGGCCAUCACCCGAGCGGCCAGUCCUGCCUUUCUCCCCCAACCUCGCCCAAUACCUGUCCGAGGAGCCGGCUUCCUGCGCUCUCGCCCCGCCUUCCCCCGGCCAGCCCCCGGGCCGCGGCGCUCUCCUCCGGGCCGGGGGCGCUGGGCGGCGGCCCUCGCCUGGUCUGGCUAAGUUGGCGGCGGGGCAGGCGCGAGGAGCCGCGCGCCAGUCGGAACCGGGCCGUGCGGGGAAGCCGCCCAUUGGCUGGGUAGCGCCACGUGGCCGUCCCCGCCGGUAUAUUAGGCCACUAUUUACCUCCGGUCUGCUCGCCAUGGCUCGGCGAGGGCAGCUCGGGUAGAGAGGGCCGGGGAGCGGCGCAGACGGCGGCAGUCCUGCCCAGCGCCUGCCAGGAGGGCGGGCUGGAAGCAUGAGCUCCUACCUGGAGUGCGUGUCGUGCGGCGGCAGCGGCGGUGUGGGCAGCGGCGAAGUGCUCAGCUUCGCACCCAAGUUCUGCCGCGCCGACGCCCGGCCGGUGGCCCUGCAGCCCGCACUCCCCCUGGGCAGCGGCGACGGCGCCUUCAUCAGCUGUCUGCCCCCGGCCGCCCCCGCGCAGCCCCCCGCGCCGCCCUCGGCAGCGCCCAGGUACUCGCCGUGCACCCUGGAGGGAGCCUACGAACCGGGCGCCGCACCUGCCGCGGCGGGGGCCGCUGACUUCGGCUUCCUGGGGACUGGCCCCGCUUACGACUUCUCCGGCGCGCUCGGGAGGGCGGCCGACGACGGGCACGUCCACUACGCCACUUCGGCCGUCUUCUCCGCCAGCGGCUCCUUCCUCCUCAGCGGCCAGGUGGAUUACGCGGCCUUUGGCGAGCCUGGCCCCUUCCCGGCGUGUCUCAAAGAGCCAGCCGACGGCCACCCUGGGGCCUUUCAGACCGCGUCCCCGGCCCCGGGCGCCUAUCCCAAGUCCGUCUCUCCCGCCUCUGGCUUCCCCGCCGCCUUCAGCACGUUUGAGUGGAUGAAAGUGAAGAGGAACGCCCCUAAGAAAAGCAAAUUCGCCGACUAUGGAGCCGCCAGCCCUUCCAGCGCGAUCCGCACGAAUUUCAGCACCAAGCAACUGACAGAACUGGAAAAAGAAUUUCAUUUCAAUAAAUACUUAACUCGAGCCCGACGCAUCGAGAUCGCCAACUGCUUGCAGUUGAAUGACACCCAAGUCAAAAUCUGGUUUCAGAACCGCAGGAUGAAACAGAAGAAAAGGGAACGAGAAGGCCUUCUGGCCACAGCCACCCCUGUGGCCUCCUCCCUCCAACUUCCCCUCUCUGGAACAAGCCCCACUAAGUCUGGCAAGAACCCCCAGAGCCCUUCUCAGGCCCAAGAGCCUUCCUGAGGUCCAGUACUGAGGCUAAGAAACCUUGGCCUGAAGAAGUCACAGGUCACCCCCACCCCUAUCUAGACUUAGGAGCUCAGUUUAAGACCAAGGUGGGCGAGGGCAGAAAUCAGUAGAGAUUUCACUUGGGAAAUGAAGUAUCUUAGUUGGCUUCUGAGUUCUAGGCUGUAUGUACAGAUAUUAAUUUGCUGUCUUGCAAGCCACUUGUUUAGGUAUUUUUUGUGUCCUGUCAGGGAAAAGGUGCCUAGCUGCCAGCCCAGCUCUGCUGCUAUGUUGCCUAACUUAGUCAUAUGCAAUUCUUGGGUACAGAGUGGCAGAUCAUUGAUUGCUGAAUUCUGCCAACCCUCUGAUGUGCUCAGAAGAGCACCUGCCCAGUUUUUCUGGUUUUAAUUUAAAGGACAAGGCUACAUGUAUUCAGCUUCUUGAGAUGACCAAAGCUAGUUAGGGUCUCCUUGAUGUAGCUAAGCUGCUUCAAUGAUGAUCUUCGCAUUUGCACUCCAGUUUUGUUUUUGUUUGUUCUUUCAAAAGCAGUUUCUACCUCUCCAUGUGCCUGAGUGAAGAUACAAUCGCUGUUUGUAGUUACUAGUUGAACAAAUCCACAGGGUGGGUUAGGGUUAGAACCUGAACUACACCUUGACAUCAGUUAUUCAAACUUGAAUGUAAAUAUAUACAGUAUGUAUAUUUUUAAAAAAAGUUUGCUUGCAAUCAACGUAUAUAUGACAUUUAAUGUCAUAGCAUGUAAAGGGUUUUAACUUUUUUGUAAUAAAAAUUACAGAAUAUGCUACUCUCCUCUUUUCCUUA